GGCAUCCCAUAUUGUACUUGCUGAGGGCUUUACCAUCUGGGCUGGGCCUUGUUCUGGUGGUGCUGGCUCUGGCGCCUCUGGCUUGCUGAAUAUUGCUGUCUUCCGCAGGCAGGCAGAGUAUCCACUCCAAGCAGGCCUUGAAAACAGCCAUGCAGCCUGCUGAGCCACAGCUAGAAGAACCUAAGGACUCCGGGGAGCCCACUAUAGAGCCAUCUUCAGAGCCAGCAUUGGAUGAGCAGCCGGAACCUACUGUCACAUUCCUGUUCACGCUCCUGAACACUCCGGAGCCCAUAGACGAUGAGACGACGGACACAGACAUAUAUGAGAAUCAGUUCAUUGAUGAGGAUGACUGGGGCCCUAGACGGACCUCAGAAGAAAUAGAGCAUUUGCAAAGGGACUGCAGGAGGCUUGAGGAAUCACUGUACGCUAACCAAAGGGAAAACCUGGCCCUUGAAGAAAAGCUAGAGAACUUGCCUACCGUGGUGUAUGAGGACCUGGAGAGCAUUCUGAUCAUCCCAGAGGAAUCCAGGCUCACCCAGGAAACAGAUGAAAACUCCCAAGUCAAAGCAGAGGGACAUUCAAAAGAAAGCAAGGAUAAGUCAGCAAGCAGAGGCCACUCAGGAGGAAGCAGGGGCUACCCAGGAGGAAGCAGGGGCUACCCAGGAGGAAGCAGGGGCUACCCAGGAGGAAGUCCAACCUCUUGAGCAACCGAAGAGGGCUCCUGGCCUGCACUACUCCUUUGACACUCCCAUACCUUUGCCAGAAGCCACCUCAUCCCCAGAAAAUUCCACAGGAAUGCUCCACCAGUCAGCCCCUCUUUAAGCCCCAGCAAUAAAGAUCACCACUGAAUU